CCAGCGCCGCGAAGGAGGGGGGAAAACAGUGCCCUCUCCAGCCGGUAGGCCGGGAGGAGCCUCAGCACCCCCCGCCGCGUUGAGUGGCGGUGCCGGCGCUCCGUCAGCGGCGGCUCCACCCUCUUCCGGCCCUCGGCUUCCCCCGCCGCGUUCACCUCUGCCGGUGCAUGCUGCGCCUCUCGGAGCGGAACAUGAAGGUGCUUUUGGCUGCGGCCCUCAUUGUGGGCUCCGUCUUCUUCCUGCUGCUGCCAGGACCCUCCGCGGCCGACGAGAAGAAAAAGGGGCCCAAAGUCACCGUCAAGGUGUACUUUGACCUACGAAUUGGAGAUGAAGAUGUAGGCAGAGUGGUCUUUGGUCUGUUUGGAAAGACUGUUCCAAAAACAGUGGAUAAUUUUGUGGCCUUAGCUACAGGAGAGAAAGGAUUUGGCUAUAAAAACAGCAAAUUCCAUCGUAUAAUCAAGGACUUCAUGAUCCAGGGCGGAGACUUCACCAGGGGAGAUGGCACGGGAGGAAAGAGCAUCUAUGGUGAACGCUUCCCUGAUGAGAACUUCAAACUGAAGCACUAUGGGCCUGGCUGGGUGAGCAUGGCCAAUGCAGGCAAAGACACCAACGGCUCCCAGUUCUUUAUCACUACAGUCAAGACAGCCUGGCUAGAUGGCAAGCAUGUAGUGUUUGGCAAAGUUCUAGAGGGCAUGGAUGUGGUACGGAAGGUGGAGAACACCAAGACAGAUGGUCGUGACAAGCCCCUAAAGGAUGUGAUCAUUGCAGACUGUGGCAAGAUUGAGGUGGAGAAGCCCUUUGCCAUUGCCAAGGAGUAGGGCUGCAGGGACCCUUCCAUUUGAUGAGCAGUCUGUGCAGGCCCUGUUGCUGUCGUGGGGGUGAAGAUAGUCUACCACAGGGCUCUCUGUGCCCUGCCCCUAAAGCUGGCAUCUGACAGAGUGGACCCACUUCCCUCACAUUCCACAAGUGCACGGGCCCAGUUUUGUAACAAAUUCCUGCCAACACUGACCAA